UUCACAGUGGUAGACGGUAGAGAUGACGACACCUUUGUUGAUGGUACUGCUCCUUGCUGUUACGGUCGCCCAGCUGCCACUCCCGUAUGGCAGAUCAGAAACCAGAGCAGUAGUACCCCAUAAAUGGCUGGCAACCUUGUUAACGACAGCGUCCACUCCUCAGUGUUCAAUGUUCUUCUUCACAGAUGGCAAGACCUUCGGUAUCACUGUCUUUACGGACUUCAUGGAUCAGUUCCGGGACCCUUGUGGUGUGGGGCUGUUCGAGGUGGCAGUGGACGGCCAGGACGCUAACGUGACGAAGGCGCAGCUCUCCCGGGUGGUCGACGAGGCUCGGCGG